AGCGACCUCCCCUCGCCACUCACUUUUAUAGUAGACGCAGAAAAUGUCUGAAAAGCCCGUGACUACCGAGCAGGAUACCGUGGUAGAAGUAGACCACCACGACGGACGUGGCUUCCAACCCGUGGAUAGUGUGGCCGAACAGGUGGCGCAGCUAUCUGUGAGCGCCGACGCCCCCGCUGAGGACGAAGAGGGGGAGGACGAUUUGGCGAGCCUGCCUAAAAAUGUCCUGCUGCGUUUGGAUGCGCUGCGCAAGUUGCAGGAGGCGCAGGCCGAGGUGGAAGAGGAGUUCGAGAAAGAACGUAAGGAUCUGGAGCUGAAGUACGAAAAACUCUACCAGCCUUUUUAUAAGCAGCGCGCUGAGAUCGUUUCGGGUGCUAAGGAGGUGGAGACCGUCACGGCUGCUGCUGAUCCUCAGCAGGCUGAGGCUGAGGAGGAUGUGAAGGGUGUGCCCGGCUUCUGGCUGCGCGCCUUCAUGAACCAUUCGGUGCUGGCCGAGCUCAUUCAAGAGCGUGACCUGCCUGCCUUUGAGUUCCUCACGGACGUGCAUUCAGCGAGCCACGAGGAGGACAACGGAUUCAAGCUAACGCUUGAAUUUUCUGAAAACCCGUUCUUCACCAACAAGACCCUCACUAAGGAGUACGACAUUGGCGACGCCUCAGAGCUGGGCGAGGCUGUGCUGCGCAAUGUGAUGGGUACGGUCAUCGUAUGGAAGGAGGGCAAGAACCUGUGUGAGGUGACCAAGAAGAUCAAGCAGCGUGCUAAGGGCGGCAAGGGUGAGACCCGCGUCGUGAGCCGCACUGAGCCCUGCGAGAGUUUCUUCCAGUUCUUCACGCCAGUCGAGAUGCCGUCAGAGGAGGACGAUGAGGACAGCGAGAUGAUUAUGCGCCAGCUGAGCGGUGAUUUUGAAAUUGGCUUCACGAUCCACGAGACGAUCAUUCCCCAGGCCCUGCUGUGGUUCACUGGCGAGGCUGUGGAGGACGAUGACUCGGACUACGACCCAGAGGAGGAUGCGGACUAUGAGGACUCGGAUGAGGAGUCGCUUUCAGGCGACGAGGCCCCCAAGCCGCGUAGGGGCAAAAAGAAGUUCCCCGCUCUGGAGGGCGGCGCCAAUUCGACGGAGAAGCCGCCUGAAUGCAAGAACCAGUAG